AUGUUUCCAACACGAGCGCAGUGUGCGAAGAAGAACCUGUUAUUGUGCUUUGAUGCAUUUGGGACGUUGUUUCAACCGAAUACACCAAUCCCAAGAGCGUAUGCUCAGGCUGCCAUCAAACAUGGAGUGAAAUGCGAGACCAAGAACCCUGAGGCGGACGUUGGCAGAGAGUUCAAAAGAGCAUACAAAGAGGGGAUGAAAAGAAGUCCAAACUAUGGCAAGGCCACAAAUCUCGGUGCAGAGAAGUGGUGGAAGAACGUGAUUCACAGCACGUUCCAGCCGUGGCUGGAGCCAGGCCAAGACGUACCUCAAGCUAUGGUGGACAAACUUUUACUUCGGUACUCUACGGAUGAGGGCUAUGAUAUCUUCCCGGACGUCAAGCCCUUCUUUCAGAUGCUACGGAACAAAUCCUCAACCGAAUCCUGGCCCUGGGAUAAAACGGUCGUCGGUAUCAUCACAAACUCAGACGACCGAGUGCCUAGCAUCCUAUCGUCGUUCGGUCUCAAAAUCGGUCCAAGGAGAGUGGGUACACCAGACCAGCGCACAGCAGAAGCCGCUCUGGAAGACGACAUCAGUUUUGUUGUACUCAGCUACGACGUUGGUGUCGAAAAGCCCGAGCGUGGCAUCUUCGACGCCGCAGUCAAAUCGUUCGAAGAGACGUUGAGUGGGAGAGACGAUGGUCUGACGGUGGAGGACUUUGAGAAGCUACCGUAA